AUGAAGGAGCCCGACCGGAUCUAUAUCACUUGGGAGGGCAGUAUCAUUCUCGAGUGGACGGCGACUUCGUGCACUCCGGCCACUGUCAUGACUUUCAAUCCGGUGCACGCGACUGAAGCUAGCUCGAACCCAAUUCAGAGCUUCUUCGCUGGGGAAAUAGGGGCCAUGCGAUUCGAAAUCGGUACUCUUGAACAGCCCCAGGAGGUCCUCCUCCAGGGCAACCUUCACCACGGUAUCAACGCCCAUGGCCACACGUUGAAUGGGAACAGCGUUUAUGGAAGUACUACGAAUGGCUAUACGAUUUUCGGCAGCACUACCCACGGCAGAUCGGUUUUCGGCGACACCAUUGAUGGAAGCACGGUCUACGGUAACACUGUGAAUGGCACGACGGUGUUUGGAGAUACUACCGAAGGCCAGACCUUCUUUGGCUCCCGAGUUCGUCGCAAUGAGCUCGUGCUCUACAUGUGA